AUGGUUCAUUAUUUGGCAUAUAUCAACACAAAUGUCACGGUUGGAGUUCUUUUGCGAAAAUGGACUGAGGAUUCAUCAAACGUUGUGAAAGUUCAAAAGAAAAAGAAGAAGACUGAACAACCAAAACAUGUUGAAGAAAACGUGGAGAAGGAAGUUUCAAAGCCUGUUGAGGAGAAUGUGGAGAAGGGAGUUUCUAAGGAAGUCAUUCCUUCAAAGUCAGGCAUUUUCAAAAGAAAAAAGAAGCCUGCUCACAGACCUCGUCAUUCUCCUGAAAAGCCAUCUGUUCCAGAAGUUGAAGUUGAAAACCCUACCUAA